UUGAGCAAAAGUGAAACUAAGUGAUAGCAGCGCUGCAACCGCAGUGAGGAUGGUCGCAUUACUUCAGGGUGAUAUCGGCGAUCAUGUUAUAAUUUUCCACAGAGCUGUCAGAUGGAGCUAGGUUCACUAUCAUUCUCUGUCUGCGUCAUCAUGAUCUGUCUGCCCGGAGCUGGGCAUUGCUCCAACGGCGACAUCAAGUGUCCAUGCCCAGAAAUUCCUACACGCCCUUUGACUCAACGUCCAGAAUCGGAGUGCAGACAAAUUAACAGCCCUUUCCGCUACAAAUGUAUUGACGGUUACGUGAGGAAGGCAGGAUCCUCAAAUCUCAUCCGAUGCGAACAAGGAAGUGCUGGUCCAACAUGGAGCAAGUACAAACUUGAAUGUAUACGUGACCCAACGAUAACCACGACAAAACCACCAAAGACUACAGCAACAAGAUGGUCUGAUCUUGCAGAGACUGCAUACACUGAUACUCCCCAUGACUCCAUCAUCACUAUCACAGUCACACCUUCCACCAGCCAACAGACAACCCAGAGUGCAAGCAUCUCUACUUCAAUGACUUCAAAAACAGGAAGCACUGAGCCAACCUCAUCUGGACCUGUUCAGUGGAGCCUGUCAGAUGACACACAAGAUGAAAAGCCUCAAGUCACACAUGAGUCGGUGACGGUGACCAGUGCAACGGCCCGGACAGUGUCAACCUCCACAUUAUCACUGAGCACUGUUAAGAGCAACAUCACGUUAAGUUAUGAGUACAGCAUUGGAAACCGCACAAGAGCAGCUGUGAUCUCCUGUGUAUCACUGUUCAUCAUCUUUGCUAUGAUUGGCAUAUUAUAUUAUCGACGGAGGUCAGUAAACAACAUGCCACCGCAGAUAACAGAAGAAGAGAUACCCAUGAAUCCUGAACUGGCGGCGGUGUGUGAUGUCAAACAGGGACAAAGCCUCCCUGGAGCUCAAGAGAUCUCCAUCUUGUGAAGUAUGGGUUAUCACCCUCCAUACAGGGGUGGAGAAUGUGUAAUUAACUCCUCCUGACAGCCCGUUUGAUUCUUGCUUCUUCUUCUAGAUUCUACCUGAUGGGAAUGUACCUGUUUGCACAUUCCCAAGAAGAUGACUCACAUUGGUUUCACUGAACAUACCAACCUUUCUCUGCACAGAUCUCAAGACACCUGUUGUAACCAAAUAUUUAAAACCUGUUCAUUUUAAGACUGUGACCUCUCCCCAUGGUGAACUGAGCAGGCACAGAUACAAGCAAAUUACCCAGUUUGUCUGACGCAAACUUGAAAAUUAAUCAAAGCUUCUUUAAGUCAUUAUUCACCAUGGCCUACCUAAUGAGCUAAAAGCUAGCUAGGCUAAUUAGCAAACAUGACUUACUCUGGCUAGUCUGUAUUGCUUCAGUAUAUAGUAGAGUGCUAUCCUUCAUAUUAUUAUCUCUUUUGACUGAGCUUUACAUUAUUGAAUCUGAGCCCUAAUUUGUUUGCUUUGCUACUGAGUCUUAGCUCAAGUAAUGUGUAUAAAUGCAAAUACAAGCCAGAUGUAACAAGUUAUGGGAUAUGCAGCUCUGAAAUGCUGCCAUUUUAUUAUAAUGGAAAUUACAUUUGAAGGAGUCAACAAGCAAGGUGUCUUUAAAGCAGCAUCUUGGAUAACCAGGGUAGUCCACAUUUGUCACCAUGAAUAGUUUUCAUGCGGACUAUUCUUAAGAAAGUGUGAAAGUCGUUACGUGCAUUUGUCAGACACUUCUGUCUGAAGUGACUUUUUGACUGACACAUCAUGAGCUAUUUGGGGUCACUGUGAGUUCAGUGUCUUGCGCAAGGAUAAGCUGAGGAAUCAAGCCACCAAUCCUCUGAGUAAUGGACAACUGGCCCAACCCGUGAGCUUCUUGAAUCUAACAAGCACGCAAACAAACAGCGGUUAGUUCAUAUUGACUGAUGGAAACACAUGCAUAACUCAGAAAGUGGCUGUGAAGAGCCUAAUGACCGCAGAAGGAAGAUAAUAUCUACACCCCUCUCCACACUGCCUGCACUUCCUCAGAUAAAAUCUAAAUUGGUCACUUUCUGCUGAGACCUUCUAAAGAUACUGAAACUUCCUCUUAAUGAACUACUUUCUCCAAUGUAUACUUGUAGCAAUUCUUUCUUUUGAAGCAAAAAUUUCGCUGUAUAGAGUAUAUCUCAUGACACCUGUAAACCUUUUUAUAUAUGAGGUGUUUUUAAUCACUGUAUGACUAUUAUUGAAAUAUGUACGAGCACAUUUGAUAUUUAUAGACAGCUGAAUGUUUCAAGGUAUUAUUAAAAUU